ACUUGGUUGGCUGCGGUGACGGCCACGUAGCGCUGCGGCGGCGGCGGCGGCGACGCGGCCGGGAGGAGGGCAGGAGAUAGGGCGAACCGCGGUGGCGGCAGCUGCUGAGGGGCUAAGGCCUGGUGCCGAAGAUCAGGCGGCGGGGAAGGGGGCUCAAGCGAGGGGAGGGUAGGAAGGAAGGAGGGCCCAGGUCGCCCUCCACCUUCCCCCCUCCCCUGCCCCGCCUAGGCAUGGACCGCGGCGGCGGCAGAGCAACGGCGGCGCCGGGGAUGGAGCAGCAGCAGCGGUGGCAGCAGCUCAGGAGUCUCCCGGCCUGGACAAAAUGUUCAGCUGUUGAUUGGCAGCUUUCUUCCUGUGAACUGCUGCUGAUGUCCUCGUGCUGUAAAACCAGAGUUCCAUGACCUACACGUGCUUUGGUACUCUGCUUCCCAAAGGCAGUCAUGUGUUAGUUAUUUCCAACGAUUCAUCUUGUUCCAGAGGAGUUACUUCAUUGGUAUUCGGGAAUACAAGGUGCUCAAUGAAUCGGGAGCCCCCAUGAAUGAAACAGCCAGCUCUUGCCAGCAGAUGGCUAAAAACUGCACCACACAUGUAGCAGGGAUGGCACAAGAGGACAGGGGUCAAGUGCCACCCACUUUCUAUCACGGUGCCAGCCAGGAACUUGAUUUGUCCACCAAAGUGUACAAAAGGGAGUCUGGGAGUCCUUACUCUGUACUGGUGGACCCAAAAGCAAGUAAACCACAUCUCCAUGAAAGAGAGGAGCAGCCAUAUUUCAGGGAGGACAGAACAGUAGGAGAGGUCCGAGCCGUGAAAGAAGACAGAGAGAACUCUGACGACUUGCAGGAGGAAGACGAGGAGGAAGAUGAAGUGACUUACAAAAGGGAGCAGAUAAUAGUAGAGGUAAACCUUAACAACCAAACAUUAAAUGUAUCAAAAGGGGAGAAGGGGGUCCCCUCCCAAUCCAAAGAAACUGCUGUUCUUAAGACCAGCAGUGAGGAAGAGGAGGGUGACAGUGGGGAGGAAGAGGCCACUGAAGACAGUAAUGAUGAUGAGGAAAAUGAGAGGCAGAAGAAAAAAGAGCAAAGAGAGGAGAAAGAUAGUGUUGCACAAAGGAGGACCAGGAGAGCUGCAUCUGCUGCAGCCGCCACAACUUCCCCUACUUCCAGAACUACAAGGGGCCGUAGAAAGAGCAUUGAGCCCCCCAAGCGUAAGAAGAAAGCUGCAAAGGAGCCCAAGGCACCUGUGCAGAAAUCAAAGUGUGAAGAAAAGGAGACUUUGACCUGUGAGAAGUGCCCCAGGGUGUUUAACACACGCUGGUAUCUGGAGAAGCACAUGAACGUCACUCACAGGCGCAUGCAGAUCUGCGACAAGUGUGGGAAGAAAUUUGUUCUAGAAAGUGAGCUCUCCCUUCACCAGCAAACAGACUGUGAAAAAAACAUUCAGUGCGUUUCCUGUAAUAAAUCAUUCAAGAAGCUAUGGUCCCUCCAUGAGCAUAUCAAGAUUGUCCAUGGAUAUGCAGAGAAAAAAUUCUCCUGUGAGAUAUGCGAAAAGAAAUUCUACACCAUGGCUCACGUGCGAAAGCACAUGGUUGCACAUACUAAGGACAUGCCAUUUACAUGUGAAACCUGUGGAAAAUCCUUCAAACGAAGUAUGUCACUGAAGGUUCAUUCCCUGCAGCAUUCUGGAGAGAAGCCUUUCCGAUGUGAGAACUGUGAUGAAAGGUUUCAGUACAAAUACCAGCUCCGUUCCCACAUGAGCAUCCACAUUGGACACAAACAGUUUAUGUGCCAGUGGUGUGGUAAAGACUUCAACAUGAAACAGUACUUCGAUGAGCACAUGAAAACCCACACUGGAGAGAAGCCUUUUAUCUGUGAAAUCUGUGGCAAAAGCUUCACCAGUCGUCCCAACAUGAAGAGACACCGCAGAACUCACACAGGGGAGAAGCCAUAUCCAUGCGACGUGUGUGGUCAGCGAUUCCGCUUUUCCAACAUGCUUAAGGCACACAAGGAGAAGUGCUUCCGUGUUACCAGUCCUGUUAAUGUGCCACCUGCUGCCCAGAUCCCACUUGCCACAGCCUCUCCUGCCACCACUGUACCUUCUGUUGGGAACACGCCGAAUGCUCCCGCCCCUACUCCGCCGAUCAAUAUGAACCCAGUGAGCACGCUUCCUCCCCGUCCCAUUGGCCAUCCAUAUUCUCACCUGCACCUCCACCCACACCAUCCACAUCACCUCCCUGUUCCUGUCCCCCCUGUUCCCCAUUUACCUCCACCUCCUGCUCUGUUUAAGAGUGAGCCUUUAAAUCAUAGGGGCCAAGGUGAGGACAGUUUUCUGCGACACCUAGCAGAGAAAAACAGUUCAGUACAGCACCACUAACUGCUUUGUCUUCUGCCUGCCAUUCUCUUGGUCUUGUGAACCUGGAACUGUGCUCCCCACGAAGAAAUCUUGUGGUGUCUUUUGCAGCCCCAAGUGAAAGAACGUUGCAUUCAUCUUGGUUGUACAGCAAAGUGGUCAUCAAACCCAGGGGAACCGAUAGGACAGAAGCCCAACUUGGCUUGCACGUUUUAAUGUUGACUUUUAUAGAUUUCAAAACGACUAAGACUUGUGGAAUUUUUUAUAAUUUCAUAUCAGCUGAUGAGGUAUGCUUGCUUUUAUAUCCUGGACUUUCUCCUCAAAGAGGAGAUGGGCCUGGUUUCCUUUGUACUAAUCAGAAAGACUGUGAGACUAAAUCCCGGAGCAUUAAUUAUCACUGUGUAUCGUUAAUUUCUUUUCAGCUUUUGUGUGUGUGUGCGUGUGUGUGUGCGUGCGUGUGCGUGUGGUUGUGUGGAUGGGUGUGUGUGGAUGGGUGGGUGCUGGUUAUGGAAUGAGCCAGCCACAUGAUUGCAGAAUAUCAAGCAUUAUAGCAAAAAGACAGUAAGCGAAACUUAAUCUCGUUUGAGUAGUUCUCCUAACACACUCUUUAUUUUAAUACAGAAAAAUUAUUUUAGAGUUUUUGUAUAGACCUAUUUAGUAGCCUGUUUCUAAAAUGAAAUGUAUUUCGAAUAAGCGGUGUAAUUUUUUUCAGUGUAGCUGGACCUAUGUUGUUACAAUAGAUAAUUUUUUAUAAUCAUUCAAAUGUGAUUCUUUAAGAAAAAAAAGAUGCAAAUAGCUUCUAUAGUAAAAAUUAUUCUUACAUCUGUACUACUCUAAAAAGGUGCUUUGAAGGGGAGAGAAAGGAACCCAAGAAGUCUCUGGUAAGGCUGCCUCAAAAGUGUGGAUGAUUUCAGGACUUUAUAUAACUUAUUCAUAGGGGGUGGGGUGUUAUUAACAUGACCAUGACGGUUAUCUUCUUUCAACGUUGCUUGGGCUUUAUUACACAAGAACAUUAAACUACUGUAUUCCCACAAACGUUUUUCACUCAGUUCUGCUGGACUGAAGUGUGAAACGUUUUGAAAGGACAUACUCUUAAUUUGGGAGUAGGGGUUGGGAUUUGGGUAUGAAGCUGCAGGGGGAAGAGAUUCAUCCAGAAGUGGUGUUUUCAAAUUAGUAUGCUCUCAUUUCUUGGGCAUACGUUAGAACCUAGUUCAUUAUAUAGAAGUGUGUAUAAGGUAUGACUUGAUUUGGGAAUCAUAUUUGAUGCUGCUUGUUUUUUUCUUGAGUUCAUUAGGCGAUAAGUGGGAAACCACAAAUAAGGUGGUGUUUGGCUGGACUUGUGAAAAAAUUAAACCUGAUCGGGUGAGAAAGCAGUUGCCACGUUGGCUGAAAAAUGUUUACCGCAGACUAUGUGCACACAUUGAUGCUGUCUCCUGUAUUGAUGCAUAUUAUAUAGAAUAACUGCUUUUCUGGUUUUACUUCAGGUUUUAGAGGAAAUGGGAAAGAUAUGUUUGAAUGUUAAGCAAGUUGCUAGUUGUGUUUUUUCAAUCUCCAGUGGCGCUAAAUUGUGGCGAACUAGUUUGAAUGCAGAGAGUCAUGGUUCUUAUUCAAAUGUAGUUAAAGGAAGUUGAAAUACAGUACCAUUUAAGCAGCUGAAAUAGCUAUUGGCACCUUGAGGAGAAGGUACAGAGAUAACCUCAUGAUGAAAGAGUUUAAAUUUCCCUAAACUUAAUUCAACCACCCAAAGACCAGCAUGCUGAUCCCAGCAUGUCAUUCUCUUUUUUUAAAUUAGGUUUUAUGUCUAAUGGAGAGAUAAUAUCAGAAGAAAUGGAAAACCCUUGUCAUUGCACCCCUGAGGUUGCUGAUUAUAUUUCUGCCAUCUAUUAAUUUUGGUUUUGCAUUAAAAAUAGUAUUAGGUCUUUUUCAUACCUAUUCAUAUUUGAAUGAAAACCUCUUAACCCCCCUCCUUUUUCUGAAAAAUAAGUAUUUUAAAGAUGUUGUGAUAACAUUUAUCUGUUCCUUCUCUUUUGUAGGUAGUAAAGCUAACUAUAAAAGUGAAUCAUUAAUACUUAACAGUUCGCCAUCUUCUACUACCCUGGAUGGUUUUAUACAUUCCAUAUCAUGUUUGCAAACCCACAGUUCUGUGUAGAUAUGCUACAGGUGAACAACCUGCCCAGUUAAAUCUACUUUUAUAAAUUUAAAGGGAAAAAACCCACCUUGGUAAAUCAGUUGUAAUCCAAUUUUGCAAAAAAUGGUUUUCUCAAUAAAUUACAGUAUUUGGCUGCUAUUUAUGAAUUCUA